GCUCGCUGUCAAAAGAAACCAAAAUAAAGGAUUAUUCCAAUGCCAAAACAGCGGCUCACUUCGCAUGAAAUCUUCAUUGCGCUACAAUAAACCCACAAUCUUUUUUUCACAUUUUCUUCAUCUCAAUCGGCCAGUCAACUAACCAAAAAAACCAACGAUCAAACGUGUGCAACGGUCAAAUUUGUGUACAAUCAUUGUGAAUAAGUAGUAAAUAGGCGCUUUUGUUGUUGGAAAAGAAAAACGCACGAGGAGUGAUGAAAAUGCGUCGCAACAUUGCAGCUGGUUGAUGUUGGGUCGUGACGUCACAAGGUGCUCAACAUCGUACGAUGCUAAACGGUGGCCUCUGAUUGGUCGAGACGGCAUGAUCUGAUGUUUUGCAUCAGUUCGUCAACAUUCACCACGCAGGAAAGUUUCGUAUCGAAGCAAGCCUCGUUGGUGUUGAGCUGGUGUGGCGAAAGUUUAGUCGUUUUCGCAUUAAAUUUUCCUGUUGGUAGAAGUUCUAUACUGUGAAUAGUGUGUAAGACAAGUACGAAAAAGUAAUAAAAUAAAAACGAAAAAAUGGAACCCAACCGUGGGUGGAGGAACGAUCCGUUCCAACCAGCCGGUUUGUUUUUCCCGAACACAAACUUCGAGGAGGACGAUAUCGGUAUGGCUGAUAUAAACGAUAUUAGCGAUAUUGGAGACAUCGCCGAUAUUUAUCAAAUGAACGAGGAAAAGCUAAUGAACAUUAUGGGUGAAGAUUUUUUGACCAAUUUUGGUUGGGAGGAAACGCUCAACGAUCCUGCCGCCUCGUCGGCUGCGCUCCCAGCACCGAACGAAUCGUCUAGCGUCACGAUAAAGGAAGAAUGUCUGGCACAGGAAACUUCCCCCGGUCCUGCUUCGGCGGAAACAAAUUUUCACCCGCCUGUCAGUGUUAGUAAGGAGCCGGUGCUGCUUGCACCGAAACCACCCACUCCGAGCGUUCCAUUGCUGUCACCGAAGGAGGAGAAGAAGAUGCUGAUGUGUGCGCCUUUAUUGCAGUCGGUGCAUGCCGGGGCGGUCACAACCACCAGCACCGCAAAUGCGUCUACGCUGCCAACAUUAGCGCCCCAGCCACAUGAUCAGCAGCACGGUACGGCGAUGCAUCUGCAAAGCACGAACCAUCUCGUGGCGGGUGUACGGUCCGUUAUACUUGCACCGAAUCGCACCACAAUUACAUCAUCGGCGGCUAUCCAACCCGCCACCACUCAAACCACCUUUCUCUUACAAAACACUCGCACACCGGUGCCACAAACGUACACGAAAAAAAUUGCCCCGGCAUUGGGGUCGGGUAACGGGUCACAACCCUCAUCCGCCCAACCGCAGCAAAACCCCGGCACCGCUAAUAUAAUGCCCGGCAUCGCGAACGUACGGGUGCAGAACCUCGUCGCGAACGGUCAGUCGUUGAUGCCGCAACUGAUCACACUGCAAACGGUGGACAAGCAGUCCGUGUUUCUGCCCGCCAACACGCCCGUCAUCUACGCGAACGCGAACGUACACUCGAUCGCGACUACGUCACCGGCCGCCAGCAUGGUAACGGUGAAACCCAACCCAAACCUGCACACACUCGUUAACACACCGAACGGUCCGAUACUGGCCGCCGGCAUUCCCGUCGUGCUGGACGCACCGACACAAGUUUCCGGUGGGACCAACACCGCCAGCAACCAGCAGCAAUCGGUAUCGGACGUGCAGCCAAAGGUUCAGCUAAGCCGCCUACAGCCGGCCGGUGUGCCGAAGGUAAAGGAGGUGAAACGAUCCGCACACAAUGCGAUCGAGCGACGAUACCGUACCUCCAUCAACAGCUGCAUCGUCGAGCUGAAGAACAUCGUGGUCGGGGUGGACGCGAAGCUAAACAAAUCGGCCAUCCUGCGCAAAGCAAUCGACCACAUCCGCCACCUGCAAAAGCAGAACAAUCUGCUCAAGCAGGAAAACAUGGCGUACAAGAUGCGGCUGGCAGAUCAGAAACACUCGCUCAAGGAUCUGCUCGUCGGGCAGCAGCAUCUGGCGGAUGAGAUGAUGGUCGGUCCGAUUACACCGCCCCGCAGCGACGAAUCGAACCCGUCCUCCUCGCCGGCCCACUCGGACAGCUCGAUGCCGGGCUCACCGUUCACCGGGUCCGGGUCGCUUUCGUCAACCGGCGGUGACGAUCUGCUGGACGAUGAGAUGCUGUCCGGGCUGGGCGGUAUGUCAUCGAACGCACGGCUUACGAUCUGCAUGUUUAUGCUGGCCGUGCUGGUGGUGAACCCGUUCGGUAGCUUACUCUCACUGGCGACGACCGAACAGCCGGAAGAGUUCGCCACAACUCGCCGUAUACUGGCGGUUGAGGAGUCCUUGUCCUGGUCACGGCUAUCCUCCACCUUACUGCUUGCGCUCGUUAACUUCAUGUUUCUGGCGUUCUGUCUCGUCCGGAUGCUGGUGUACGGGGAUCCGGUACUGUUGCCCCGGUCCCGUGCCUCCACCGACUACUGGAAGCACAAGCGCCAAUCGGAUGUGGAGUUUCGGCGUGGCAAUGCAGACGCCUCAUACCGCGAGGCGAAGCUGUGUCUGCAAUCGUUCGGCCUAUCCCUACCCUCGACACGGUUCGAGCGAGUUUCGACCACCGCCUGGCAGUUUGUGCGUAUGUUCUUUCACCGACUGUACAUUGGACGGUGGUUAUCGCGCCGAACCGGUGGUCUGUUCAAGCCGGAAGGUGAGCGAAUGCACGCGCUACACUCGGCCCGUGAGUUGGCCCUGCUGUACCAUCGUCUGAAUCAGCUCCAUCUCGUCACCAACCGGACGGAUGCGAACGGGCUGAUGAUGAGCCUGUGUGCGGUAAAUAUGGCCGAAACGGCUGCAUCCGUCAUAUCCGUCGACGACACGAUCGAAAUCUAUCUGCUCGCGGCACUGCGCGUUAAGCGAAGCUAUCCCCGGCUGCUACAGUACUACUGCCGCUACUAUCUGGCCCAGGCAAAACAGCUUGCGAGCGAUCACACGAGCCGCCGAUUCCGGUGGCUGUUUACACCGUACGGGUUCCGGUUUCUCACCACCAGCCGGUUCCGGUACGGUGAGCGAACCGAUGGUUCCGCUGCCCUGUUUACCACCCUCUGCAACAGUGCCGAUCCGCUUGAGUACGUGAUGCGCGAGUAUCGACUCAAUCUGUUGCAGCAAGCACUCCAGCUGCUGGUCGGAUCGGGCCAUGAACGUACGGUGCGUGAUACCACGAAUGGUACCGGUACGCCCGGUAAGGGAAAUGCUGCCGGCGUGCUGAACGGUAAGGACGUCAAGGAGGAGCACCAUGGCAGCAAAUCUAGCGAAGCGGCCGACCUAUCAUCGACCGGUGCGGGCGUUAGUGGCGAUAUACUGCACUUCACCGAGCUGCUGCAGGAUACCUUUGGGUUGGAAAAACCGGUCCCAUUCGAUGGAGCGUGCAGUGUGCACGGUACGGAGUGCUGUUUCGAUGAGCUUGCUCACUGGUGGUGCAAUUUACUGCGCGUUGCCGGCUUCUGGUUGCUCGGUGAAGAUGAGCUGGCCGAAGCGCUGUACGUGCAGGUGGAAACGAUGCCUUCCACGCUGCAGCAAACGGAAGAUCCACUGGCCCGUGCACUGUUGCUAGCGUUCCACGCUAGACGCGGAUUGAUCACCAAAACGGAAUCGAGCGUUGAGAUGAUAUUUGCCAACUGUAAUGCUAGCAGUCGCUUUUUGGAGGAUAGCCUUACCGGUAACAUCUGCAAAACACCCAGCCGAUUGAAGUUGCUAUCACAACUGCUCGUAUGUGACUGGUUGCUGGAAGCCCGUACCGCACUGUGGGAGAUUGAGAAGGAUAUGCGUUACAACCAGCAAACGCACCAGACAGUACCGGGGAAAAUAUUGGCCGCCUUCCAGGCCGAUUUGAAUCUGCUACGGUUGGUAACGAGCAAAUUCCCGAAUGCACAGUCGCGCGUGUUUUUGUACGAAGCGGUCUGCCGAUUGAUGGCCGGUGCUGCACCCGGACCGACCCAGCAGCUGCUGGAUCGUAGCCUCCGGCAGCGCAAUUCCCGUUCGUCGCUUAUCUGCGGCAAGGAUCGAUCGGCCCAGCUCGAAGGUGGACGUGAGCGGGCUGCCGCACUGUACGUCGCCUGUAAGCAUCUGCCCGCGCCCUGUCUGUCGUCGCCCGGUGAACGGGCCGGCAUGCUGGAGGAAGCAGCUAAAACGCUCGAAAAGAUUGGCGAUAAGAAGCGACUGCAGCAAUGCUACCAGCUGAUGAAAUCGCUCGGCAGCGGCAGUGUAACAAACUGAGGCGUACGAUUUCCACAUGAAUUGUUUUAAUUCGGGGAGGGGUUUGUUUUCUUUACAUCUCUACAAAAUGACGCAAAGAUCCGGGAAUACCGUAGUGGUUAAGAGUACGUAGUACGCUAUUUAACAAAUCAUAUUCUAGCAAAGUACAAUUCGCUAUUAUUUUUUCUUGUCAACCAGUACGAUUUCCUUUUUUUUGUCCAUGUGGCUCUGAAUAAUUUCAAACCAGGAUGGUAUACUGUAACGAGUUCGCACCUUUAUAUUUUAAGACUUUAUUUUACACUUUCUUCUUGUGGUCGUUGACAUUAAACAUACCGCAAUCUUACACUAGAACAGAGGAAACCGACAUUUCACUACUUGACGCAAUACUUAUAGGCAUGUUACGUUGAUAAAGCUUUGUGUGUGUUCGCGUGUCUUUAACUUUUCCUUAAAGUCUAAUAAAAUGUGCGUCGGUAUA